GGAGAACGAACUGGGGGGGGGGCGUCACUUGACGGGAACCUUCAUGAGGAGCGAGGAGGAAAGGCUGAGGAGGAGACGGGGUGGUUGUUGUUGUUGUUGUUUUAUUUUUCCUCUUCAGCCGUCAAACUGCUCGUUGGUCGCCAUCAUCGCCGCCAUCAUCGCCGCCGCCGCCCCGGACCACGACCAUCUCAAAUUACAGAGUGGAGGUCACAACCCAUACAAGGCUACAGGGAGUUCCAUCGAUCCCGACCAACGCCAAUCUGGGACCCCUUUGCCUUUCUUUCUGGCUUUCCCAACGCUUGUCCCUCGCUCACCAAAUCAGCUUCCCCAUGCAUUUGUUUCUGUAAAUCGGCAUCUACCUUACGUACCUUCGCAAACAUUCAUACAAUAAUAUCGAUUUGAAAACGUCAUAUCAUUGGUCGUGCAAACAAACGCGUGGAUGGAAUUGGAAUAGGAUCAAGUCUCAAACUCGCCAUGCUUUUUACCACCAGGAUUUCUGGCGUAGCACCGUUGCUGCUCGCUGCCGCAAGCAGUGUAUACGGCGCAACAACAGAAUCAACAACUACUACUACAACAACAACCACAACAACUACAGGACAGUCAACAUUCGAGGUUGACCUGAACAAGACUGCAUCCGUGAAAUCCGCCGCAAAGACCAUCGCAAAGCAUCUGAUAUCAUACUAUACUGGCAACCAACCUGGGCAAACCAUCGGUAUUCUUCCUGGUCCCCCGCCCGAUGGAUCAUACUACUGGUGGGAGGCUGGUGCCAUGUGGGGGACCUUCAUCGACUACUGGCAUUACACUGGCGACAGCACAUACAAUGCCGUAACCCAGCAAUCUAUCGUCUUCCAAGCCGAUGCGCCUCAGAACAGCUUCAUGUCACCCAAUUGGACUGCCUCUCUCGGUAACGAUGACCAGGGCUUCUGGGGAAUGUCUGCCAUGCUCGCUGCCGAAGUCAACUUCCCUUUGGUCCCCGGCGAGGCUGAUUGGCUUGAGAUGGCCCAGGCCGUCUUCAACACGCAAGCUGCCCCCGACCGCCAUGACGACGAAUGCGGCGGAGGUUUGCGCUGGCAGAUCUACCCCUCCAAUGCUGGAUAUGAUUACAAGAAUACCAUCGCCAAUGCCUGUUUCUUCAACCUCGGCGCAAGACUGGCACGCUAUACCGACAACAGCACCUAUUCCAAGUGGGCCGAAAAGACUUUCAACUGGAUCAGGGACGUCGGUUACAUCGAUAAGAACUGGAACAUCUACGACGGUGGUCAUGUCCCUCAAAACUGCACAGACAUCAACAAGGUCCAAUGGUCAGCUAACGCAGCCAUCAUCAUCCAUGGUGUCGCCAUCAUGUACAAUAUGACCGAAGAUGCUGAACAGUGGGGAAAGCCCCUUAGUGGACUCGUCAACCGAACCCUCGAGUUCUUUUUCCCCAAGGGCAUCUUGGUUGAACGCGCCUGCGAGCUCACGGACAGGCUCCUCUGCAACAUCGACCAGCAUUCCUUCAAGGGCUACCUCCUUCGCUCCUUGGCCACGGCCGCCCUCAUGGCGCCUGAUCUCGUUCGAGAGCCUAUAGUCAAGGCCUUCAAGACCAACAUCGAGGGUGUUAUCGACAGCUGCCUGCCUGACGGCACAUGCGGCUACCGUUGGAAUGUCGGAAAGUACGACGGCGACGUGAGCAACGGCCCCGCCGGUCAGGAGAUGAGCGCCCUUGCCGCCUUCACGACGUAUCUGAUCACGGAGGAGCACGAAGCCGUCAAGCCUCUGGUUACCAACAACACCGGUGGUCAGAGUCGCGGCAACCCCAAUGCGGGAGAGACGCCCGCGACGGUCAUGUCGAUGUCGGAGCUUACCGAGAGAGACAAGGCGGGCGCAGGAGUGCUUACUGCCUUUGUGGUGUGCUCUAUCCUGGGAACGUACUUCUUUUUGGCGACUGGAAUAGGCGAGGUGAGAAGUCAGAACUAAGCAGGAGAAAACGUACAAACAUGCCAAGCAUUUAUCUAUUUUUUUUGCAAAAGGUGGCUGAGCGGUCACAAUGGGCGUUGUAUCCGAGAUCAAGCCGGCAGUUUACAUAUACCAUUUGUAGUUAUCAUCAUUGCAGGCGUUUUCGGUAGCGGGUUGGGCUAGGUUUGGCUUAUACAGAAUUCAGACAUUAUACUUGUUCAAUUGAUCAUGAUCUUGAGAAAUGUGC